AUGCCGCCACUUCUCUCGCACAUUGCGCCGCCUUGCUGCUCGCCUGCGUGCCGCCUUGCCUCGCCCCUCGCCUCGCCGCUCUUCCUCCCCGACUUUACCCCCCCGACAUCGCCUCAUCGCCUCGCUCCGCAUCGCCGGCCAACCCCAGCGCUGCCUCCCACGGCGCGCCAUCGCCUUCAUCUCUCGCCUUCCUUCCCAUCCGCCUCUCCGCCCAUGCUGCAGCGCCACCCUUUCCCCGCCUCCACCCCCACGCAGUGUCCCUCGUUCCGCCCUUCCGCCGCAUCCUCACGCAUCCGUCGCCUUUCCCCCGCGCGGCGGCGCGGAGCGGGAGCGGUGGUAGCGGAGGCAGCAGCGGGCGACGGGGCGGGCGACGUGCAGACAUUUAUCCUCACGGCGGGCGCGCUCGCUGCCGCCGCCGUCUCCCUGCGACUUGCGCUCAAGGGCGACCCAGUGCCGUGUGCUAAGUGCGGGGGAAAUGGAGGCACGGCGUGUGUGUUUUGCGAGGGGGGCAAGAUGGCUGGCAAGGAUGGGCGCCUCAUGGAUUGCCGCGUGUGUAAGGGGGCAGGACUGGUCUUUUGCAAAGAAUGUAAGGGCACUGGAUAUGUGAAGCGAUUGUAA